AUGGGUUUAAAAGAGCUUGGAAUUCCAGCUGGAGUUAUUACUGGUGAUAAUGUUCGCAAAGUAUUACAAUAUGCAAGGGAAAAUGGUUUUGCCAUUCCAGCUGUAAAUGUUACCAGUUCAUCUACUGCCAAUGCUGCCUUAGAGGCUGCCAGAGACAUUAAAGCACCACUUAUUAUUCAAUUAUCUCAGGGUGGUUCUGCCUAUUAUGCCGGUAAAGGUUUGAGUAAUGAAAAUCAAAAGGCCAGUAUUAUUGGUGCUGUUGCUGCUGCUCAUCAUAUUAGAAUUGUUUCCAAGGAAUACGGAAUACCUGUUAUCUUACAUUCUGAUCAUUGUGCUAAAAAACUUUUGCCAUGGUUUGAUGGAAUGUUGGAUGCUGAUGAAGAAUACUUUAAAAAACACGGUGAACCUUUGUUCAGUUCUCACAUGUUGGAUUUAUCUGAAGAACCAAAGGAUGAAAAUAUCGCUAUAUGUAAGAAAUAUCUUGAACGUAUGAGUAAAAUUAAUCUUUUACUUGAAAUGGAAAUCGGUAUCACUGGAGGUGAAGAAGAUGGUGUUGAUAACACCGACAUUGAUAAUUCACAUUUAUACACACAACCUGAAGACAUUUGGGAUGUGUAUCGUGAAUUGAGUCAAGUCACUGAUCUUUUCACCAUAGCUGCCGCAUUCGGUAAUGUCCACGGUGUUUAUAAGCCUGGAAAUGUUAAAUUAUCACCAAUUUUACUUAAAAAACAUCAAGAUCAUGUUAAAGAGAAAUUAGGCACCAAAAAUGACAAGCCUGUCUUUUUUGUAUUUCAUGGAGGUAGUGGAAGUCUUAAAGAUGAGAUUAAAGAAGCAGUAGGCUAUGGCGUGAUAAAAAUGAACGUUGACACUGAUACACAGUGGGCAUAUUGGGAAGGAAUAAAAAAUUAUCAUGACUCCAAAAGAGGUUAUCUUCAAUCACAAGUUGGUAAUCCUGAAGGUGAUGAUAAACCUAACAAAAAAUAUUAUGAUCCAAGAGUUUUUAUUCGUGAGGCUGAAAAGACUAUGGCUAAACGCGUUCAAGAAGCUUGCAAAGAUUUGGGGAAUGUUGAUCCAAAUUAUAUUCCGCGAAUAGAUGUUACCGCUGCUGUUGCUGCUGCUUUUGGAGUUUCACCUUUUAUAACAAUCAUUGAUAGAUCUAUUGUAGAAAAUGCUAGUGGUCGUAACUCAAUAAGUGCUUCUCUUAAACAAGGAUUCCGUGAUUUACUAACAAAACCUCACGCAUUUAUACGAAAUCCAGCGUUUGGUUUGAUUUUUUUCGUCUACUCUUCAACUUACAUAACAGCCAACACAAUUGAUACAAUAAGCCAUUGUUACUUUAAUAAUCAAAGUCAGAAAAGUAAAGAAAUAGGAAAAUUUAUGGGCACAACAAUUGUUAAUAUGACAACAUGCAUCUAUAAAGAUCGUCAAUUCACCAGAAUGUUUGGUACGGUUGCGCCUAAAGGUUUACCGAUGACAACCUAUUUAUUAUUUGCAGCCAGAGACUCUAUGACUAUCGGUGCAAGCUUUAAUCUUCCACAAAAGUUAGCAAAUGAAUUGCACCAACGACAAAUCAUCCAAAAUUCCGAGAAUGCCAUAAAUUUAGCACAGUUAACAUGUCCUGCAAUGAUUCAAAUUUUCUCGACCAAUCUCCAUCUAUUAGGUUUAGAUUUAUAUAAUAGACCAAGUGCUUCAAAUGGUUCCAGAUUGAAGUUUAUAAUCAAAAAUUAUUUAAUGUCCACAAUUAGCAGAAUUGCUCGUAUUGUGCCAGCUUUUGGGUUUGGAGGAGUUGGUAAUAGAGUUGUUAGAAAUAAGUUAAGUGAUAUUAUUAAGAUUAAAAAUCAUAAUAAUGAUGUUGACAAAGGAUUAGAAAGUAUGGUUGCUGCUAAAGCCUUUUCACCAAAUCGGUGA